UUCAGAUCUCCUCCUCCCAUAGAUCCUCUUUUUCUCUAUUUACAGAUACAGAAAAAGUUGUCAUCUUUUUUUAUAAAGAGAAAAAGAGGAAUCAAGAAUUCAGAAAAUGGCUUUAUCAAACACCUUAUCAUUGUCAUCAUCAAAAUCCCUUGUUCAAUCUCACCUUCUCCACAAUCCCUCCUUACCCCAGCCUCGUAUUCCCGUUUUUCACAACCCCCAACAUGGGCGGCGCCACCCCAUCUCCGCCGUACACGCGGCGGAGCCCGCCAAAACAGCAACUGCUUCACAGCCGUUGAAAAAAACCCAAUGGAGUCUUGAUUCUUGGAAAAGCAAAAAGGCUUUGCAAUUACCUGAAUACCCAGAUGAAAAAGAACUUGAAUCUGUGCUUGAAACUCUUGAAUCUAAUCCUCCACUUGUGUUUGCUGGUGAAGCUAGGAAUUUAGAAGAGAGACUUGGUGAAGCUGCUUUAGGAAAAGCUUUUUUAUUACAAGGUGGUGAUUGUGCUGAGAGUUUUAAGGAAUUUAAUGCUAAUAAUAUUCGUGAUACUUUUAGGAUUCUUCUUCAGAUGAGUGUUGUUCUUAUGUUUGGUGGUCAAGUUCCUGUGAUUAAGGUUGGAAGAAUGGCGGGUCAGUUUGCGAAACCAAGAUCAGAUCCGUUUGAGGAGAUUGAUGGAGUGAAGCUGCCAAGUUACAAGGGUGAUAACAUUAAUGGCGAUACAUUUGAUGAGAAGUCAAGAAUUCCAGACCCUCAUAGGCUUAUUAGGGCUUACAUGCAAUCUGCUGCGACUCUUAACCUUCUUAGGGCUUUUGCUACUGGAGGUUAUGCUGCAAUGCAGAGGGUCACCGAAUGGAAUCUUGAUUUUGUGGAGAACAGUGAGCAAGGAGAUAGGUAUCAAGAACUAGCUCACAGAGUCGAUGAAGCCUUGGGAUUCAUGGCUGCUGCUGGACUCACAGUAGACCACCCUAUCAUGGCAACAACUGAUUUUUGGACAUCUCACGAGUGCUUGCUUCUUCCUUAUGAACAAGCACUUACAAGGGAGGAUUCAACUUCUGGUCUUUUCUAUGAUUGUUCCGCUCACAUGAUUUGGGUUGGGGAACGAACCAGGCAACUUGACGGUGCUCAUGUUGAGUUCUUGAGAGGAGUAGCAAACCCACUUGGCAUAAAGGUGAGCCAAAAGAUGGAUCCAAAUGAGCUCGUUAAACUCAUUGACAUCCUGAACCCAACCAAUAAGCCCGGAAGAAUUACUGUAAUUGUGAGAAUGGGUGCUGAGAAUAUGAGAGUGAAGCUUUGCCACUUGAUCAGGGCAGUUCGAGGAGCUGGACAGAUUGUUACCUGGGUUUGUGACCCGAUGCACGGCAACACCAUAAAGGCACCAUGCGGACUCAAAACCCGUGCUUUCGAUUCAAUCCUGGCUGAGGUCCGAGCUUUCUUCGAUGUGCAUGAGCAAGAAGGGAGCCACCCUGGUGGUAUCCAUCUAGAAAUG